CUGGAAAGCCCGUGCCUCGACGACAGCGACGACCGCCUACACCAUCUGCUCUAGGCCCACGAACUUGACGAAGUCACCACGACAUAGUAUAGCGACCUAGCCUACCAUUACAGUUUCCCCUCACCAGGUCACAGGCACCAUCACUUUUCCAGAGAGCCAUAGUUUAUCACGAGCGUGAACUUGCCUGACUGUCCAUGACCGCGCUCUCCUCCAAUGCCAUGGCACAGAACAUCCCCGACCCCGCCGUGCUGACCGAAAAUCGCUUUUGCCCUGGGUGCAAACAGUCAGUGGUAACAGAGAACGGCGGUGUAGUAGUUGCCUUCGGUCAAUCAUACUUCCAUAUCGACUGCUUCAGGUGUGCAAAGUGUCACGAACAAGUCACCGCCGACACAAACCUCCUGCUGCUCUCCGAUGGUUCCCCCGUAUGCGCCAACUGCUCGUACUGCUGUAACGUCUGCGGGCAGCCCAUCCUCGACGAAGCGAUCAUGACCGGCGACGAUUCGUAUCACGCGCACUGUUUCAACUGCAAGGUCUGUAAGAAGCGUAUAGAGGAGCUCGUGUUUGCGAAGACGAGUCAGGGUAUAUACUGUAUGCCGUGUCACAGCGAGCGGGUGGCGAGGAGCAGGCGACAUCUGGAAAGAAAAGAGCGGGAGAGAAGGGAGAGGGAGAAGCAGGCUCAAGCUGAGGCUGCCGCCGCCUACGAUGCUAUCACAAACAGUGAUGCUGAGCCGAACGCGUCCUCAAAGGCCAGUACCCCCUCCGCUGCGCCAUCGUCUGCAUCGCGAUCGGGCACACCCCGUAUGUCAGAGUUUGCCACUAAUCACGUCCCAUCGGCAUCGAAGCCCGCAGAGACAGUGCAACCAUCUCAAAGCCCUCGACAGCAGCAUUUCGCCUCACUUGCCCCACCAGCAUCUUCCGGCACCGCCCCACCUGGCACGUCGUCGACUGCGCACGGCCCUCCUUAUAGAACGGCGGCGUUGCAGAAUGGCUUACCCUCUGCACCCAACCAGUACACCCAACAAUACCGCGAACGUGAACGCGAAGGAACCGCAACGCCUGACAAUAUGCGCUCGACUCCCCUCCCCCCGACUAACAGUGACACGCUCGCUGUACCAUCUGAUGGGCUGCAGCAAACGCUGCAGAAACGUCGAAGCUUUGAUCAUCGACUAGCAGGCGCCGUUACCAGCGAAAAUGGGGGAACAGAGUCUGCCUCAGGCGCGCCGAGUCUGCCUGGGCUUCUCUCUGCCGACGGCCCAACGCCUCGCAAAGCGAAGCGGCAGUCGAUUAACCCGAACCUCGUGAUGUCUUUCAAUAACCUUCCGCAGGGCCCAAGCCCACCGUCGACUUCUCCAUCGACCCCGCACGCACCACACAUGAAUGACAAGCCGCGCUCGCCAAUGCACGAGCAGUUCUUGAGCGAGAUGCCUGCAUCUCCGCCCGCGUUCACACAGGCGGACAGCCGGCAGUCACCUUUGAUACCCCGCAGUCAGCUCGAUGCUUCUGACAACAUACACGACAAGCAGUACACGGGCCGGACCCGUUCCGCGUCGAGCAGCGAGACCCAGCGCAUGGCCCAGCAGAGCGACAUGCUGCAGCGCGAGCGUUCGAAGUCGCCAAUGCGCUUCAGCGUUACGCUUGACCGUGUCCCGGCGCGCACGAGCAGCCGGCCGGACCUCCGUAGCGACACUGCACCGCCGAGCUUUGCGAGCGAGACCGGUCGGCGCACGCCGCAGCUCACGACCGAGGGGCGCGUGUCCCCGCUGACAAAGCAGCUAUCACUCGAUAACAGACAUCGCAACAGCACUUCCUCGCUCGGGCAGACAAUUGAGCUGCCACCGCACUCGGGCAGCGCGUCGCACCCCACGUCGCCAGCACACGAGGUUGAUGUCCCGCACAGUGUUGAGAGCGGAACCGACACCGAGGCUGAGACUGAGGAGGAGUUCCACGCCCAUGGUGACUCGGAUCGUGACAUCCUCACGCCACUGCCCCCACCGAAAGAGGCCAAGGGCUCAAAAGCUGGGAUGCGGCCGCCGCAACUGGAGCUCGCAUCCUCGCACGCGUCUGACGAGCACGACGAACCCGACGAGCUGGGCCAGGUCGACAGUGCGGACGUGUCCGAGGAGUACCUGCACGACGAGAUGCCAGUCGAGAGCACCUCCCAUUCGACGUUCAUCGCGCCUGCACUGCCCCCAAUACGCUUCAGCAUGGGCGGCGCCGACUUCGCAGAGCUGCUCAAGUCCGUGGGCGGCCCCGACGGCCUGAAAGCGUUCGACAAGCUCACGGAGGACCAGGUUCCGGCUACCCCACCCCCCUCGGCAGCGCAGCCUUUCACGCCCACGAGCGCGAAGGACCUCAGCGCGGACGCGACGCCCGUCAGGCGGCGUGAGCCGCCGAUCAGCCGGAGCCAGUCCCCGCACUCGAUCGCGGUGAGCUCGCCGUCCGAGGCGGGGCUGCGCCCGCCGAUGCAGCGGUCGCAGUCGUCGGAGCCGCACGACGGCCGCGCGGUGCCGCGCCCACCGCGGUACGAUGACCAGACGGUGUACAAGCGCGAGCGCGUCGGCUCGAACGCGUCGCUCCCGCCGAACGGCAAGGCGAUCAUCACGCUCACGACGCCCGAGAACACGACGUCGAGCAUCGGGCGGCCGGACACGGCCGACCUCGUCCGCCGGCGACUGCAGGAGGCACUGAACGAGACGACAGAGCGCGGCGCGGCGUACGUGAAGCUCGACCCGGAGUUCAUCGGCGCCAUCGUGAUGCUUCUGAACCAGCGCCAGGAGGAGUUCGUGGACAUGAAGCGGAGGCUGGAUGGCAUGAAGCGUGCGAGCCAGCAAUACGUCGAGGGUUUGACGGUUGCGCAGACGGAGUACGACAGGGAGCUCAAGGCGAGGCGAGAUGCCGAAGCAGAGGUAACGCGCCUCCGGGUCCUGCUCUCCAGCCAGGCUGUUCGCCUCAAAGCUAUGUCCGGCGAUACCAAGAAGCAGGAGGUGCAGAAGCAGCUUUCUCAGGAGCUGACAGAGAGUCUGUCGACACUAGAGCGUGAUUUGUCCAAGCUCAAGGCCGAACGAGACAUGACAUUGGCGGAGGUUGAGGAGUUGUCGGCAUCAAAGAGUUCUAACAGCCUCUCGGACGACCCCGAUGCGACUGUGCGCCUCAGCAAGGCACUGUCUGUCCGGUUCGAUAACAUCAAGAAUCAGUAUCAAAGCGACCUGCUUCCGCUCACCGCUCAACGAGAGGCUUUGCUCAGGGAGAUCACCGAGAUGCGGGCAUCGCGCGACGCAUACCUCGAGGAGACGACGAUGCUCAGCGCUCGCAACGAGGAGCUCGCACAGCUGUACGCUCAGUACCUCCGGCGGAUGGACGCCCAGGGCGAAGGCAUGAUCGAACCCAGUGGACGCGCCUCCUCCUCCCUCGACAAGGCACGCCCACAGGGCCUGACCCCGUCGCUUACGUCAGGCACAACCCUCUCGGAGGAGUCUGUCGACCAGCGGUACGUCAAGGUCAUGAAGUCGGACGCGGCUGAGGUGCCGACGCCUCAGCCGAGAGGCAAGUUCAAGUGGCCCGGGUAUCGCAACCAGCAGGCGAAGGAGCACGCGACGCACAUGUCCGAGUCUGGAAGGGCGAAGCCCAGGAUUGAGCACAGCUUCCAGCAGGUCAAUGGCUUGCGCGUCGCGCGGUGCGACAACUGUGGAGACAAGAUGUGGGGUUCUAUCCUGCGGUGUGGAGCUUGCAACAUCUCCGUGCAUCAUCGUUGCCUGCAGCUGGUCCACUUGCCGUGUUCACAGCAAGUCAUGAACGGCAAGGAAGAGCGUAUUAUGCCGCUACCGGCAGGUCCAUCUAUGUUUGGGCGCGACCUUACAGAGCAAGUCCGCGCGGAAUCGAAGGACGAGGAGCGUCUUAUCCCUGUCAUCGUGGAGAAAUGUAUCGACGCUGUGGAUACUCUUGCUCUCGAUUAUGAGGGCAUCUACCGUAAGACUGGCGGCUCCGGUCAAUCGAAGACCAUCACGCAGCUCUUUGAGCGCGGGGAUUACGCUUCGUUCGACCUGCGGGACAACGACCGCUUCAACGACAUUUCCAGUGUCACAUCGGUGCUGAAGACGUACUUCCGGUCACUGCCCGACCCGUUGUUGACAUACAACCUCCAUGACCAGUUCAUCUACGCCUCGAGCAUCAAGGAUCCUGCGCAGAAGAGCCAGGUGCUCACAGAACUAGUGUCUGAGCUGCCAAGAGAGCACUACUAUACGACAAGAGCGCUCAUGCUCCACCUUCACCGCAUUGCUGAGCGGAGCGAUAAGAACUUUAUGCACGCGAGAAACCUUGGUGUUGUCUUUGGACCGACAUUGAUGCGCUCUCGCGACCCGAAUGCCGAGUUCAGCGACAUGGCUGGCAAAGCCCUGUCCGUUGAAUGGCUCGUCGAAAAUGCACCCGUAGUCUUCGAGCAAAACGCCACUGACUCGCCAUAGCCUACAAGAGACUUGUUUAUCAAUCACUUAUAAUAUUCCCGAGGGUGACAUUCCGGUCGUAGCCCUUCCCGCCGCAGCUGAACACAACCUUCUCCUUCUACAUCUGUAUGUUUUCGUGUUCAGUAACACUUUCCUUUCUUGCACUGUCAUUUUCGCUUUCAUCGCGCAUUCAUGACUUGUGUCACCGUUCGUUUCAACUUUCUGGUGAAAUGUGGUUCUUCUCAGCUGUUGUUCUCUCUCUUCCCGCUUUCUUUCUUCCAAACACCAGCCCUGGUCAUUUGCUUAACGCUUAAACGCAACAGUCUUAGGAGUCAGUAUGUACUCACAGCUAUCCCUUUUCCUGAUGGUCAGCACUUAUACCCGGGGCUAGCUGGUGUGCGGUGUCCCCUCGUUGAAUAUGUAUAUCAUCAUAUAUUCGGUACAUUAUACGCAGUACAUCUUGCAUUGGGUCCUCAAUUAUAGGUGUAUCUAUCUCUGCCAGCCAUCUACCCUGUCCGGCUCCUCUGCUCUUAACGGAUCGUCCUAUCCUCCGAACGCUUCGGCUUGGCCAGGUUCUCCACCUUGAGCGUACAGUAGAGGAAGUGCCGGCGUGGACCGGUCGUUGCGCCUGCGACCGCCGCGACGCGCGCGCCGAGAGGCUGAGUAUCUAUCCCGCUGCCACGCAACCCUAGUGAGAACAUCCUGUCGAAGAGUGUAGCAGUGAAGGCCUUGGCAGUGGUCUGACAAGCGAGGUGGGUCAGCGAAAGUGGGGGCGACACAGCCUCCAGUGUACGCAGGUAUCGGAACACGAUGGACGGCUGACAUGGGCCAAAGCGGAACACUGCUUGGUAUGCUUGUCUCCACUUCUCCUCAAGAAGUCUUGCACAAGUCGGAGAAUCGGGACAGGUAGAACAGCAUUGGUAUUCCUUGGCAACUUGAGUAAGGCCCAGCUUGAGAACGCGUUCGAGAAACCACGUCCGUCUUUUCUCCAGUUUAAGCAGAGUCUCCGAACUGAGGGUGCUCAGUUCUUCCUCGGCCCAGCCUCCAGGGUUGUCUAAGACGAAGCGACUGGCCUCGCGAUAGAGCUCCUCCUCUUCAAAGAGCUCUGCUAUUCGCAUAGCUUUGAUGGGCUUGCCUGCAGCGUGCGUGAGAAGGAAAGUCAGGCAUUCGCGUUGUAGCGCUGGAACUGUCAGCUUGUGUGAGAUAUUGAAGAGGCCUUCGACAUUAUUCCAGGUUAUGGUGCAAACGAGGUGUGGAUAGACGUAUUUUAAGAAGUCAUGGAAUGUGCUGGCUUUCUCUUCCUUGAGCACGAUCACUGCAUCAAGUCCCUUGUGACGAGUCCUGUGCUUCAUGGAUGGCCCGGAGACACCAAGUGCACGUCCCUUUCCUUCGUCAAACGAUACAGAGGUGGGGCUCUGAAGUUUGUUCAGACUCUCCAGGCGCGCCUUUUCUUUCUCCUGCUCAUCCGUUGAAUCCUCCUCCUCCUCGCUGUCGCUUGCUUUCGUAUCCGACUCGGCUCCAUCGUUCUCUAAUUCUGGUUCGACUUGCACAAGAGUAGCCUCGGAAGUCUGCGGCGGUAACGACGAGUUGCUCUUGGGGACGGAGGGCGGCUGCGAGAUCGUGAUGACAGAAGACAUGGACUGCGGUCGACCCGUCUCUGCCCAGUCUCCGCUGAGCGCGGCCUCAAAGAACGGCGAGGCAAAAAAGAGCACCUCCUUGUGGGCCCUGAACGUUGUGCUCUCGACCACGAUCUUGACGUUCCCCGGCAGCUUCAUGUUCUUCGUGAACGUCGGGUCGAUGUCGAUCGCGUCCUCGAAUUCGUCCAUGCUCAGCUCGGACACCGAACCGUCGGUCUCGCAGCCCUCGGAUGACCAGGGAGGCGAGCCCGCCGAGCGGAAUACGCCCGCGGCGGCAGCAUGAGUCUCCGUGGGCGAGCUCAGCGUCGCUGACGGUCCGCUGAGGCCACGGGAGUUUCGCGCGAUAAGGAUAUGUGACGGGUUAGGCAUUAGUUGG